AAAAAAAAAAAAAGGGAAAAAUAUCAUCUCCUCAGCACACUUUCUAAAGCACUACCAUGGACUUGUUGGUCUUCUACAUUCCAAUAGUUUUAGCUGUUUAUAUAAUCACUAGGUACCUCCUCAACAGGACUCAAAACCUCCCGCCAAGCCCCUUUUCUCUACCUUUUUUUGGCCAUCUCUACCUCCUAAAGACACCUCUCUACCAAACUUUAUCAAAAGUUUCCAACAGAUAUGGUCCAGUCGUCUUCCUUAGAUUCGGUUCUCACCCAGUUCUUGUUGUCUCUUCUCCUUCAACAGCUGAAGAAUGCUUUUCCGAAAACGAUAUCGUUUUUGCAAACCGCCCUCACGGGAUUGUUGGGGAAUACUUGGGCUACAACUUCACCAGCAUUACAUGGGCAUCUUAUGGCCACCAUUGGCGAAACCAAAGGCGAAUCGCUUCCCUUGAGCUCUUGUCAACUCAUCGACUUCAAGCGCUUUCCAACAUCCGCCUUGAAGAAGUGAAAUUGAUGAUUUCCCGGCUUUUCAACAAACAAGGUGAAAUCGUCGACAUGAGGACAACAUUCUUUGAGUUGAUACUUAACAUCAUGAUGAGGAUGAUAGCUGGAAAACGCUAUUAUGGCGAAAACGUAGAAGAUCUGGAGGAAGCCAAUAGGUUCCGAGAGAUUCUGGAGGAGACAUUGUGAAGUCCAGCCGCACCAACCACACCAACCUCACCAACCACAGCCGCACCAACCACAGCCACCAUUGUUGACAGCCACCAUUGUUGACACCAUUGUGGGCUAAGAUGUUGAAAAUUGUGGCCUUGUAAGCCUAUA